CGGAAGUUGAUAUUUGAGUAAAUGGCGCUAAAUGAAUCUGAUCGGUCAAUCGCAAAUAAUGCUGUGAAUAUACCCUUGAAGAUGGCAUUUUGAAACGAAAGGCUACAACAAAGCGCUAUACUCUUUGGAUUAUGUUCAUCACGUGAUAGACAACAUUGCAGCACAAUGGCUACACUACCAGGCCAUCAGCAGUACAAGAUUGGGGGCUUGUCUGUACAGUUCCCCUGUAAGCCAUACCCUUCCCAGUUCAGUAUGAUGGACAAGAUAAUCAAGGGUCUUGAGAGGCAACAAAACUGUUUACUGGAGAGUCCAACUGGAAGUGGGAAGAGUCUUGCCUUGCUGUGUUCAGCUCUAGCCUGGCAGAGGGCCGAGAAAGAGAAGAGAGAUCAAGAAGAAGCCAGAAAGCAGAAAGUUUUAGAAGAUGCAGAAAAUGGAGUGUGCAGAUGUUUGUGCAACUGUCAUAUAGACGCCGCCAAACAAAAGGCAUCUGAGGGGGAGUCGACGUGUGCCUACUUCCCCCCACCAGGAGGUGCCACAGCAACGUCUUGUGCUCAAGGGAACUGUGAUAAAGAUGUUGUCUGUGUUGAUGAUGAUGGUGAUGAUGAUUUCAAAGAAGACUCCAAGACUUUCAGGACUCCUGGUACCCACCAGCCAAGUUUAUCAAAAAAACUUCGGAGACAUGUGACCAUUGAAUAUGAUGCCUCUCCAAUAAAACCAGGCAGCAUGGACACACCAAAGGUUGAAAGUGUGGAAGUGAACAAGAAAAUAGAGACAGUUAACAUGGUAUCUCCCCCUAUCAAAGACUGCCAGGAAUGUGACUGUGCCACUCUCAGUGCCAGCAAGAAAAAGAAAAUCCCUCGAAUCUACUUCGGCACGCGCACACACAAGCAGGUGGCACAGAUAGUUCGGGAACUGAAGAGAACAGCCUACCAUGACGUCGACAUGACAAUACUGGGGAGCAGGGAGCACACCUGUGUCCAUCACGUGGUCUCCAAGAUGGCCAACAAGAACGAUGGCUGUAAGGAACUGUUGAAGGGUCCUGGCUGCCGGAUGAAGGACCGUGCCAAGUCCAUCUCCAGCCAGGAAGGGAUCCACCGCAUGGGGCUGACGACGGCCUGGGACCUCGAGGACAUGGUGAACAUGUGCAAGAAACAAAACGCAUGCCCGUACUUCCUGACGCGAGCUCUGAAGGAGCAAAGUGAGAUUAUCAUCUGCCCCUACAACUACCUGGUGGACCCCAUCAUCAGAGAUAUCAUGGAGAUAAACUUGAAGGACCAGAUUAUCAUCCUAGACGAGGCUCAUAACAUUGAGGACUCUUCACGGGAAGCAGGCAGUCAGAGCCUGAAACAGGAGCUGAUACAGAAGGCCAUCACAGAACUAAGAGCCAUGGUGAAUGCUGGGGUAGAUACGGCCAACUCAAUGUUGCUGGAAAAGGUGAUGACUGGAUUGGACCAGUUUAUACAUCUCCAUUCUGACAAACUGGAACAGAAGGACUUCGAUCAGUCGUACAAGAUCUGGUCAGGUUUUGACAUCGUGGCACAACUGGAUUGCGUUGGUCUUGGACCAGUCAAGUAUACUGAAGCAAUGAAAUCGAUGGGGGUGGUGUGUCAAGAGAAAGACGAGGUGGUUCGAAACGCCCAAGGUGAAGAAGUCAAACUGAGUCCUCCUGUAAUGACCGUGCUAGAACAUCUGGCAUCGGCCAUUGACUACCUGUACAGGAACGACAUGAAGUUUGUGGAGGAUUACAGGGUCUCCAUAGUCAAGACAACAUCGUUUGUUUCCAAUCAGCCAACGAAUGGUGCCUGGCUGAAUCCAAGGCAAAGGCAUGGAGGACAGAGGAGAGUUCCCAUGGUGACUUGUACACUCAACUUCUGGUGCAUGAACCCUGCAGUGGCUUUCUCAGACCUCCAGAACUGUCGCAGUAUCGUGUUGAGCAGUGGAACGCUGUCACCGAUGUCGUCUUUUUCCUCGGAGCUUGGGAUGAACUUUAGUAUACAGCUGGAAGCCAACCAUGUGAUCAAGGACGAUCAGGUGUGGGUUGGUGCUGUUGGUCAAGGUCCUAGUGGGACGUCUCUCCAGGCAGUGUACAGGAAUGUGGAGACCUACAAUUUCCAAGAUGAACUUGGACAGUUGGUCCUACGAGUCUGUAAGACUGUACCUCAUGGUGUUCUGUGCUUCUUCCCCUCCUACAAAUGCCUGGAAAAACUCACCAGCAGAUGGAAGACUACUGGUCUGUGGGACAAGAUGUUUGAGCAGAAGAGGAUCGUUGCAGAACCUCGGGGGUCUGACAAGAUGAACUUUGAGGAGCUGAUGAAUCUCUUCUAUGAGGCUGUGGAAACAAGGGGAGAUGAAGACAAAGAUGGAGCCCUGUUCCUGGCCGUGUGUCGAGGGAAAGUUAGUGAAGGACUUGACUUUGCUGACAAUUUUGCUCGAGCAGUGAUAACCGUGGGCAUACCUUACCCAAACUUCAAAGACAUACAGGUGGAACUGAAGCGGAAGUAUAACGAUACACAUAGAGCAGCUCGAGGUCUUCUGUCUGGGAGUGACUGGUACGAGAUCCAGGCCUUCCGAGCACUCAACCAGGCACUUGGCAGGUGUAUCAGACACAGACGAGACUGGGGAGCUCUGAUUAUUGUUGAUGAGAGAUUUGUGAAGAACCCACAGAAAUACCUCAAAGGCUUAUCCAAGUGGGUUAGGAACAAGGCCGUAGCUGAAGCAUCCUUUAUUUCAAGCACACCUUGUACCCAGUCGAUUAACGACUCACUGCUCCGGACCCCACUUCAAGACAAGGCGAACAUCACACCCCAUUCUGUGUCUGUGCGUAAGGGAGACAACUCUGUAUAUGAUCCGAUGACCUCUCACUCACCAUUACAUCUCACCCCUGACCUUGGCUUCAAAACUGGAGGCAGACCAUCAACAGAAGCAGACGUCAAAAUUAUUGGACGUUCUGGGAAAAUGUUUUUGGAAGAGAAUGUUGUUGUGACUUCACAGAAGGGGAAUCAAAAUGUUGUGAACAAUGUUUCUGGUCAGAAGGUUGUCAUAUUGAAUGAAACGAAUAACAACAAGUCCUCUCUGCAUCACUAUGGCCAUGUUCAGUCAGUGACUGAGAGUCCUGUUAACCCUAGAUCUCAGACAGUUAACACUGAGGGACAUGCACAAUCUGUUUUACAAAAUGGGGAUCUGCCAGGACCUCAACUAAGUGAUCUUGGGAAGAAUAUGGUGGUGUUCCCACCUAACCCAAGGUCCGGACAGAAAAACAAACAAACAAAGCUUGUUUUCAAAUUUGAACACAAGGGUAUGGAUGACCAAAUUAACAAAAGAAGUGAUAAAACUUUGAACGAGAAUGUCUCAGAAAGCAAUUUACCUGAAUCAGCGACCGUUACUGAAAAACAGAGCUUGGUGACUGGUUCGAACAAAAACGUAGUUAAACAAAAUCUGGAGAAAGAUGUGAAAUCAAACCGCUUCUUCAAAUUCUGUCAUGUUCCCAGAGACAGUCUAGGUUGUGAACAUCUUAACCAGUCAGUAGACGAUGGUCACGAGAGUGGCAACAUCCCACCUGCAACAGAACCUGUGGGCAGUGACGCUGCUAAAAGCACAAGUCCUCUUUUAUUUGAUGGAAGCUCCGACCCACUCAGUGUUUCAGAACAUGAGACUGCAACCAAGAAACCACUUUUUAAACGAAAGAGUCGAUCAGACGGUGUAGAACAGAGUGCUGGUGACUCUAAGGAGACUCUCAAGGACCGUGUUCAGGAGGAACAUGGCAGCAAGGGAGAUGCAUGUGAUAUUGAUGAACUUGAAGGGUUGAUGGUCAAGCGACGGAGUAGCAGACAGAAGAAACGCAAGUCUGAGAGUACUGCCAAGCCAGGGUCCAAACGGUCAAGGGGAAUAGACUUUCUAGAUGAAGUUCAGGAAGAUAGGAAUCAGAUAGCAGAUUUUAAACAGAUCACGUGCAUUGAAUGUGGCCAUGUUCUUCUCGAUAGGGUAAAAGAUUUUGAAAAGCGGAAAAGGGUGCCCUGCUUUGCGAAGUUGUCUGGGAUGACAGGUGUCCCUGAUGUAGUAUACCUACCGGAUCAGCCACCUGGGGACUCGCUGCAGGGGUUCUCCGCUGUACUGGAAAAUGGUGUGACAUUAGACAGCCACUGUGAUGCUGACGCCGGGGUGGUUGUCCAGUUUCUCCACUGUAACAAGUGUGGCGGUCAGCGAGACUGUCUGGGCGUCAUGGGGUGUCGAGUCCUACUCUCAACAGACUCCCAGUACCAGAAGGGGCAGAUGUGGCUGAAUCUACAGAAGGUGAAGAUGAGAUAGACCCAGGAUCCAAGAUGUGCAAUACUGACAUUUUGCAUUCUGAGCAGUAACCUAAUCUGGAGUAGGAGAUUGAAAGGAACAUGGGUUAGACACCAAUCUCCAAGAUGAGGCAGUAAUACUGCCACUGAUCGAUUUUCAUUUUUGCCAUAUAUAUUUCUCAAACUCCAGUUGGUUCGAUGUAUUCCUUAUAGGUCCCAGUUGCCUUGAGGUAAGGAGUCUACAUGACUGGUAUAUUGAUGCAUUGAAAUAAUGUCACACGAAAAUGUUUAUAGGUGUCAUGAAGUUCUUCCCCUCAAGGGACGGUGGGGUAGCCUAGAGGUUGAGGCAUUUGCUCGUCAUGCUGAUGACCCGGAUUUAAUUCUCCGAAUUCUCCACAUGUGUACAAUGUGCGACGCCCAUUUCUGGUGUCCCCUGCUUAAUAUUGCUGGAAUAUUGCUAAAAGCAGCGUAAAACCAUACUCACUCACUCUUCCCCUCGAUGUGCGAUAUUGUUGACAACUUUGUUGUAUCGUCUCACGAUUCAGCACCAGGGUUGGAAGUACAUAUGCACUUCAGUGAAGUGACAAGCAAUGAAAUAUGUUUAUGAAUUCAUGACAUAAUUCAUUUGUAUGUAAAAUUGUUUGUACUGGCCUGUUACAUGUUUGUUGCUGUUGUUAAAUAUAAGUCCACUGCCAUGAAACAAUUCUCCUGAUCAUCUUGAGAAGUCCCAUGCAAUCCAUGUUUGUUGCAUGUGACACAUCCUACUAUCAUUAUUCCUCAUCUGUGAGAUACUGAAUUGGUAUCAUACCAAAACUUUUGGUCAUACCAUUGACCAUGUACGGCUUGCUGUGAUAUUGUUGUUUUAUUGCCAAAUAUUGCGAAUGUGCGCUUAGUUUGUCAAAUAUGUUCGACUUUUCUCUUCACCCAGCAUUUAACACUUACAGGUACGCAAUAGGGUGUACUUAUGUUUAGUGCAGCUUUCUUACAGUAAGGGGUGGUGGGGUAGCCUAGUGGUUGAAGCGUUCGUUCGUCACA